CACUGUGAUAUAUAUAAAAAUUUAUAAAUGUCUCUUCGCUCAUUCGGCGCUAACUACAGCUACUGCUACCAUUGCUAUCACUCCCUCUCUAGCCACAUUUCCCUCGCUCGGCGAUUCUCUGCUUCGCAGCUUCGGAUCUCAGCUCGUGCAAUGUCUUACCGUCCCAACUUCCAAGGCGGUCGUCGCGGCGGCGGCCCUAACAGCAGAGGACGCGGUGGAGCUCGCCGUGGCGGCGGCGGCGGUGGAGGAGGCCGAGGAGGAGGACGCGGCGAGCAGCGGUGGUGGGACCCCGUCUGGCGAGCCGAGCGCCUGAGACAGCAACAGGCCGAGAUGGAAGUUCUUGAUGAGAAUGAGUGGUGGGGUAAGAUAGAGCAGAUGAAAAGAGGAGGGGAACAGGAGAUGAUAAUUAAGCGUAAUUUCAGUCGCGCAGACCAGCAAACCUUAUAUGAUAUGGCUUAUCAACUGGGGCUUUACUUCCAUGCAUAUAAUAAAGGGAAGACUCUUGUGGUCAGCAAAGUUCCAUUGCCAGAUUACCGGGCAGAUCUCGAUGAGCGUCAUGGGUCCACACAGAAAGAGAUUCGAAUGUCCACAGAAAUUGAGAGAAGAGUUGGAAGUCUUUUGAAUAGUUCAGAGUCACAUGGGGCAUUAACCUCUAUAGAUUCUUCUGUAGCAAUCAGCCAGGGAGGCAAAGGCAAGCCAUCAUCAUCUGGUGUUAAUAUAAUCAAACCUGACUCCUUGUCAGAGAUUGAUUCUGCUAAGGACAAUCUUAGUCUUGAACUUAAGCAGAGGCAGGAAAAAAUGAAGGUAAGUGAUUCUUCAAGGGCAAUGCGGUCAUUCAGAGAAAAGCUUCCUGCAUUCAAAGUGAAAUCUGAGUUUUUGAAAGCUGUUGCUGAAAACCAGGUAUUGGUAGUUUCAGGGGAGACAGGUUGUGGUAAAACAACUCAGCUGCCUCAAUUUAUUCUGGAGAACGAAAUAUCACGUUUGCGUGGUGCUGAUUGCAGCAUAAUGUGCACUCAACCCCGCCGUAUAUCUGCCAUUUCCGUUGCAGCUCGUAUAGCUUCUGAAAGGGGGGAGAGUCUUGGUGAAACUGUUGGUUAUCAGAUCCGCCUGGAAGCAAAACGUUCUGCUCAAACACGGUUGCUAUUUUGUACCACAGGAGUAUUACUUCGACAGUUGGUUCAAGACCCAAAGCUUGCUGGGGUGAGCCAUCUACUAGUGGAUGAAAUCCAUGAAAGAGGCAUGAAUGAAGAUUUUUUACUAAUAAUUCUGCGUGACCUUCUUCCUCACCGUCCAGAUUUACGUCUUAUUCUAAUGAGUGCUACCAUUAAUGCUGAUUUGUUCUCCAAAUACUUUGGAAAUGCCCCAACUAUACAUAUACCGGGAUUGACUUUCCCUGUGGCAGAGUCUUUUCUAGAGGAUGUGCUGGAAAAAACUCGUUACAAUAUCAAGUCAGAGUUUGACAACUUUGAGGGGAAUUCAAGGAGGAGGAGGAGGCAACAAGAUUCCAAGAAGGAUCCUUUAACAGAAUUAUUUGAGGAUGCUGAUAUUGAUUCUCAAUACAAAAAUUACAGUGUAUCCACAAGAAAGUCUCUUGAAGCUUGGUCUGGUUCACAGCUUGAUUUGGGUCUGGUGGAGGCAACAAUUGAAUACAUCUGUCGCCAUGAAGGUGAUGGAGCUAUUCUUGUAUUCCUUACUGGCUGGGAUGACAUCUCUAAGCUACUUGACAAAGUUAAAGCAAAUAAUUUCCUUGGAGAUCCCAGCAAGUUUCUAGUCCUUCCCCUACAUGGUUCAAUGCCCACCAUCAAUCAACGUGAAAUAUUUGAUUGUCCUCCCCCUAACAAGAGGAAAGUUGUGCUGGCAACUAAUAUUGCUGAGAGUAGUAUCACCAUAGAUGAUGUUGUGUAUGUCAUUGACUGUGGAAAGGCAAAGGAAACUAGUUAUGAUGCCCUGAACAAACUGGCUUGUCUAUUACCAUCAUGGAUUUCCAAGGCUUCGGCACAUCAGAGACGAGGUCGUGCUGGUCGUGUGCAACCUGGAGUUUGUUAUAGAUUGUAUCCAAAGAUGAUCCAUGAUGCAAUGCUUCAGUAUCAGUUACCUGAGAUUCUCAGAACACCUCUGCAAGAACUAUGCCUGCAUAUCAAAAGUUUGCAGCUUGGAACGAUUGGAUCAUUUUUGGCAAAAGCACUUCAGCCACCGGAUGCUCUCGCUGUUCAAAAUGCAAUAGACCUUCUUAAAACAAUUGGGGCUCUAGAUGACAUGGAGGAACUUACCCCACUUGGUCGCCAUCUUUGUACUCUACCAUUGGACCCAAAUAUUGGGAAGAUGCUUCUUAUGGGGUCUAUCUUUCAAUGCCUCAAUCCAGCCUUAACAAUUGCAGCUGCUCUUUCUCAUCGUGACCCAUUUGUGCUACCAAUAAAUAGGAAAGAGGAAGCUGAUGAAGCUAAAAGAUCCUUUGCUGGUGAUUCUUGCAGUGACCACAUAGCACUUCUUAAAGCUUUUGAAGGAUGGAAGGAUGCAAAGCGUAAUGGAAAGGAAAGAGCAUUCUGUUUUGAUAACUUUUUAUCCCCAGUUACAUUGCAGAUGAUGGAUGAUAUGCGAAUGCAAUUUGUAGAUCUAUUAUCAGGCAUUGGCUUUGUAGACAAACCAAGGGGUGCAAAUGCUUACAACCAAUAUAGCCAUGAUUUGGAGAUGGUCUCUGCAAUCCUUUGUGCUGGACUCUAUCCAAAUGUGGUGCAAUGCAAAACAAGAGGAAAACGGACAGCAUUCUACACUAAAGAAGUUGGGAAAGUUGACAUUCAUCCUGCAUCUGUCAAUGCAGGAGUUCAUCUCUUCCCUCUACCUUACAUGGUUUAUAGUGAAAAGGUGAAAACAACUAGCAUAUAUGUCCGAGACUCUACAAAUAUAUCAGAUUAUGCUCUACUUCUAUUUGGCGGUAAUCUCACCCCUAGCAAAACUGGGGAGGGCAUUGAGAUGCUUGGUGGUUACCUUCAUUUCUCUGCAUCGAAGAGUGUUAUAGAGUUGAUACGGAAAUUGCGCACUGAACUUGACAAGCUUCUAAAUAGGAAAAUUGAGGAACCGGGUUUGGACAUUUCUAUGGAGGGAAAGGGAGUGGUUGCCGCUGCGGUUGAGUUACUGCACAGUCAAACCAUACAUUAUUAAAUUCUGUACUGAUCCAAAACUAAACACUGUUCAAUUGGAGUCCGGCCUUCCCGUUUUUCGUUUUGUCCUCCUAUUGAGACUUGAGAGACAUAAAAUUUUGCCACUAAUAUUUUUAGGCAUUACAUUAGGAUGUGACUUAGCUGGGUGGCUGUAAUACUAAUUUUAUGUACACAGAUUUACAUGGAGGGUAUUUUUAUAGAUCUCAGUUUGUAUUAGCUAUUAUAUGUAAAAAGAAUUGCAAAUUUUAUAUUAUAAGCUUUCAUGGUUA